UAGGAACACAAAAUUAUAUAGUGAUUUAGUGCACACUGCUAGAACAGCUGGUGGAACAAAAAAGUUUAGAUUAACCAAGUAUCAACCUGUUAAUACAACAAGUUAACGUGAUAGUAAUUUUUAUUUUAGUGACUAGUUUGAACUUUUGAUCUUUACCACUGUCGACUGUUCAGUGAUCUUUACACUUUGAGAUGUUCUAUCAAGAAAUAAUCAUAAUUUGUUUUUAGUUUCAGCUAUUCAUUAGCCUGCUGGUCAGCUAUUACUAUUGUUAUUAGCUUGUGUAAUAGCGAUCAGCGAAAGGAAUCUUCGAAAUUUUUUUAUUGAAAUCUGAUAUUUUGAAGUUGGAUAGGGAAAUAAUUUAAUAAUAUACAAAGUUAAACUUGUUAACAAUAAAACCAUUAUCAUGAUGAGAUUUAAAACAGGAAAGUGCCUAAUAAAAACUUAUACCCAACGAUCUUUAUCAACAACCUCGAAUAUGAGAGAUGUUUUUAUUGUCAGUGCUACUAGAACUCCAAUUGGUUCUUUUGGUGGAUCAUUGAAGAGUCUUUCUGCUACUAAACUGGGUGCUAUAGCUAUACAGGCUGCCGUUGAGCGAUCUGGAAUUUCAAAAGAUGAAAUUCAGGAAGUUUUUAUGGGAAAUGUAUGUCAAGGUGGUGUUGGACAAGCGCCAGCAAGACAAGCAGCAAUAUUUGCUGGAUUACCUAAAUCAACUAUAUGUACCACAAUAAAUAAAGUCUGUGCUUCCGGAAUGAAGUCGAUCAUGUUGGCUUCUCAGAGUCUGAUAUGUGGUCAUCAACAAAUAGUAGUUGCCGGUGGCAUGGAAUCUAUGUCCAAUGUACCAUUUUAUCUAGCUAGAGGAGAAACAAAAUAUGGCGGUGUGAAUUUAUCUGACGGAAUUGUGUUUGAUGGCUUAACUGAUGUAUACAAUAAAGUUCACAUGGGCAGUUGUGCCGAAAAUACAGCUAAACAAUGUGGCAUAAGUAGAAUACAGCAAGAUGAUUUUGCUUUAAGCAGUUACAAAAAAAGUGCUGAUGCGUGGAAACAAGGACACUUUGCUCAAGAAAUUGUUCCAGUCAAUGUUCCUCAAAAAAGAGGUAAACCUGAUAUUGUUGUGUCCGAAGAUGAAGAAUUCAAAAGAAUAGAUUUCGAAAAGUUCAAAAAAUUAAAUACGGUUUUUCAAAAAGAAAAUGGAACUGUUACUGCUGGAAAUGCAUCAACGAUUAAUGAUGGAGCUGCAGCUUUAGUUUUGACAAAUGAAAAUGUUGUAAAAGAAUUAAAUUUAAAACCUUUAGCUAGAGUAGUUGCAUUUCAAGAUGGUGCUACUGAUCCUAUUGAUUUUCCUAUUGCUCCAGCAUUUGCUAUACCCAAAUUGUUAAGCAAAAGUGGUAUAUCGAAAGAUGACAUUGCGUUGUGGGAAAUAAAUGAAGCUUUCAGUGUAGUGGUUUUAGCUAAUAUAAUGAAAUUAAAUCUCGAUCCAUCUAAAAUCAAUGUACAUGGUGGAGCUGUUAGCUUAGGUCAUCCAAUAGGGAUGUCUGGUGCCAGGAUUGUGGUGCACUUGGCUUAUGCAUUAAAACCAGGACAAAAGGGUGUAGCUUCUAUUUGUAAUGGUGGUGGUGGAGCAUCAUCAAUUCUAAUUGAACGAUUAUAAUUCAUAAGAAGUAUUUUUACUUCAUUCACAAAUAUUAUUAUUUAAUAUUUAAUUAUUGCAGCAUAGUUAUGAGUUAAGACUGCAAUUACUUAUCUUAUAAUUUAUGUAUUUAAAUCAAAUUAUUAUUAUAUUUUAUUAUAGUUAUACAACUAUUCA